ACCAUGAGCUUCUCAAGCUGCAGCUCCUGAUCCUCUCUCUCUGAAUAAAGACAGAGCUUUACCCAGACUGCACAUUCCUUCCUCUGUCCCAGAUCUAGCACAGUAGCGCCUCGACAUACGAACAAACCCGUUCACGUACAAAUCGGUUUACGAACAGGAUUGUACGAAAAUUUUGCUUCAAUGUACAUACGAAAUUCAAGGUACGAACAGAAAAGCUCUUGGGCCCCGCGUGAUCUCAUUCAGUUCGUCUUUGGCGUGUGCGCUGUGAACAGCCGUCCAUCCAUUCUUACGCUAUCCGAACAAUGGGAAAAGGACUCAGCAGCGAUCCAGAGUAUUUGAAAAUCUGAAGACUGAAGUUUCAAAAUCAACGGAUAAAGGGCUUAUGCCCGCAACAUUGACUCUCCUGCUCCUCGGAUGCUGCCUGAUCUGCUGUGCUUUUCCAGUGCCAAAUGUUUCGACUGACUGUCCAGCGUCAGCAGUCCUCACUUUGAUGUCAAUGUCUGACAGUCACUCAAUCCAUCGGGACAGCAGCUGUUUUUGACUGUGAUUUCUGUGAGAGGGAUCAACGCUUUUUGGUUCCUGUUUGAGGACAUUUUCAGCAUCAGUGGGACUGGACGAGAGACCCCACUGUUGGAGCGCACUGUGUGUGGAGCCUGAAACAGUUAUACGGCCUGGGAAGGGGAUUUCACGGCAGGGAGGGGUUCUACACGUGUUUGUGUGCACCUGAAGCUGUGGCCAUGGAGAAAUCUGAGGAAUCCUGCCGCGUGAAGAAACCGUGGAAGUGUGGGGACUGUGGGAAAGGCUUCCGUUUCCUGUCUGCCCUGGAGAUUCAUCGGCGCAGUCACACCGGGGAGAGGCCAUUCCCCUGCACUGACUGCGGGGAGGCCUUCAGGUAUUCCUCCCACCUGCUGGCCCACCAGCGGGGCCACAUGGGGGAGAGGCUCUUCAGUUGCCCUGAGUGCGGGAAGGCCUUCAGCAAUUCCUCCGCCCUGCUGACCCACCAGCAUGUCCACACGGGGGAGAGGCCAUUCACCUGCUCUCAGUGUGGGAAGGGCUUCACCUGUUCCUCCAACCUCCUGACCCACCAGCGGGUCCACACGGGGGAGAGGCCCUUCAGCUGCCCAGAGUGCGGAAAGGCCUUUACCCAGGCCUCCAUCCUGCUGAGGCACCAGCUUGUCCACACCGGGGAAAGGCCCUUCAGCUGCCCUGAGUGUAGGAAGGCCUUCAGCGAUUCCACCACCCUGCGGAGUCACCGUCACGUCCACACCGGGGAGAGGCCGUUCACCUGCUCUCAGUGUGGGAAGGGCUUCAUCUGCUCCUCCAACCUGCGGAGACACCAGCGUGUCCACACGGGGGAGAGACCGUACACCUGCCCUCAGUGCGGGAAGGGCCUCACCUGCUCCUCCAACCUGCGGAGACACCAGCGGAUCCACACGGGGAGAGUCCGUUCACCUGCUCUCAGUGCGGGAAGGGCUUCACUUGCUCCUCCCACCUGCUGACCCACCGUGGGUCCACGCGGGGGAGAGACCGCACACCUGCUCUCAGUGCGGGAAGGCCUUUACCCAGGUCUCCACCCUGCUGAGGCACCAGCGUGUCCACACCAGGGAGAGGCCCUUGAGCUGCCCCGGAAGUGGGAAGGCCUUCAGCACUUCCUCCGCCCUGCUGACCCACCAGCGGAUCCACACCGGGGAGAGGCCGUACAUCUGCUCUCAGUGCGGGAAGGGCUUCACCUGCUCCUCCCACCUGCGGAAGCAUCAGCGAGUUCACGUGCCAUCGCAGGGGGAUUGAAGGAGUGACGGCCGAGUGCCAUUAUCGAUUGGAAUAUCAACCCAGUUCCGGGGACUCCCGGGUUUGAAUCCCGCCACAACAGAUGGCAGAAUUGGUAUUCGGUCAGAAAUGUGGAGUUUGGAAUCUAACGAUGAGACCGUUUCAGGGAGGGGGUGGUAGGGGGAGAAAGCCCCCAUCUGAUUCCCUCUCUCCCUUGUUAGGGAAGGGAACUGCUAUUGUGGGAGAGGAUUCACUCAGUUGUUCCAGCUGCAUCCUUUACCCGGUCUGGCCUACACGUGACUCCAGACCCACAGCAGUCUGGUUGACUCUACACUGCCCUCCCCCCACUGGCAAAAGAGCGGGGAGAAACUUAACUGGAGACAGGGUAUGGGUUGAAAUUGCUGAGUGAGGCAAUACUUCCUCCGGGUUACGGCUGUACCAAGGAUCCAAUUACAAAGGGACA